ACACUAUCAGCUGUUGUUCUAUGCGAAAUAUUUAAGUUGUCAAAAUUUAGCGGCAGCGUCCAAAUAAAUUUGCAAAAUGCUUUUCUACUCUUUCUUCAAAUCCCUUGUGGGCAAAGACGUUGUGGUCGAGCUAAAAAAUGACUUGAGCAUAUGCGGCACAUUGCACUCGGUGGACCAAUAUUUGAAUAUCAAAUUGACCGAUAUUAAUGUGACAGAUCCGGAUAAAUACCCGCAUAUGUUAUCUGUGAAAAAUUGCUUCAUACGUGGCUCAGUUGUGCGGUAUGUACAACUGCCAGGUGACGAGGUAGACACACAACUUUUACAGGACGCGGCUCGCAAAGAGGCUGUAGUGAGCACGAGAUAAAAUAAAUACAUUUCCAAUGUAGUUUAUAAACACAAGUAUAUGUAUAUCGGUUCAAUAUUAUUUAAAGUGCAUAAUUUUGUAAUUGAACGCUUUGUUUUAAUGUGUUGGUGCAAAAUGUGCUGAACAGGACGCCGAAGUGAAAUAAGUGAAUUUAGACCAAGACUUAGGAGUUUAAGGCUGCAGUGAUAGAGAUAUUACCACUUAAAAAUAUACCGAUAUAACUAUACAAGUACAAUUGUAGUUCUCAAAACAAUAAAAAUUUUGAUGUGAGUGAACUAA